CAGUAGGCUAGUGCUGAUCAAGGUCCACUCAUUCAUGAGUGAUGCUGCUGCGUGCAGUCAGUGAGCUGCUGCGGCUCGGCGGACAUCUGCGCACCUAAUGGAGCAGUGCGGAUGCACAUCAAACAUAAGCUUACCGAUCACGUUUAUUAGCACGUAUAUGAUCUUUCGGUAUGGACGACGACCUGGUGUGUGAAUAUGACUCCACCUGGGAUACGGAGAGCGACGGAGACGAGCUGGAGAACACCGGCCGUAGCAAGAAAACACGGCCCGCAUUCUGGUCCAACUCUUCCUCCAGAAACCUCAGAGCAGCCAAGGACAUGCAGAACUACAGACAUGAAUAUCCAAAUAUCACAGAAGAAGAAUGCUCAGAAGAAAGGAUGACUAAUUUACAGUUCUAUCUGAAUAAAAUUAAAUCUUCACCUGAUGAUGUGUCAAUUGAGACAUUUCACACAGAGUGGAAAACUGAUUACAAAAGACUGGAGAGAGUUCAUUCCUACAUUCAGUGGUUGUUUCCUCUGCGGGAGCCAGGGGUCAACUACAUGGCCGCAGAGCUCACCAAGAAGGAAAUUCAGGCAUUCAAAGAAAAUGAAGAAGCCAAGAGUCGUCUUGUUGAUUCGUACGAGCUCAUGCUGGGUUUCUAUGGAAUACAGCUGCUAAACAGAGAAACUGGGGAAGUAAAGCGAGCUGAGAACUGGAGGGAGAGAUUUGCCAAUCUAGAGAGGAACAUGCACAAUAACCUUCGGAUUACCAGGAUAUUAAAGAGUCUAGGAGAACUUGGCUUUGAGCAUUUCCAAGCACCCCUGGUUCGCUUUUUCCUUGAGGAGACCCUUGUCAGAAAAACGCUUAGCAGUGUUAAACGCAGCGUGCUUGACUACUUCCUGUUUGCCGUGCGUGAGAAACGCGAGCGCAGGAAGCUGAUCCGGUUUGCUUUUCAGCACUUUGAGCCCAAAGACAAGUUCGUCUGGUGCCCCAGAAAAAUCCAGAAACGCUUCAAGAAGAAACGCUCUUUAGUCGGCAAUGGAGAGAGUGCAACAAAUGAUGAAGGUCUUGUAAGGCAUAAAAAUAAAGAUGGAGAAACCACAAGUGAGCAAAAAUAUAAUAAGCCGGGUGAUGAUGUUUUAGAAACCAUAAAGCAUGUUGAAGAUGACUCCGUGAUCAGUGUGGAUUCAGUAAAACUUUCUGAAUGCUCUUCAGAAGAUCUUAAGCCAAUUCUAGAUGAGUCCUCUGUUGAUUUACCUCUUAAAAAUGGUACCAGCAUUGACCACGGUGAGAUGGACAACUCCAUCCCUAUUGAUGAACCAAGCUGUGGUGUAGAUGAUAAAAUCAAAGCCAGCGAGCUGACUGAAAGCUCUAAAGAACCUCAAGAAGUACUGGAGCUUGAACAAGACCAAGAGGCCUCCGAGAAAAAGUGGGAAUGUGCAGCUGGUUCUAGCACAAGUUCAGGAGAAUGCAGCGAGUCCCUGGAUGACAUGGACAGUUUGAUCUGUCCAGCCGCAUGCCAGUCGGACCAGAAAAACUUUCACGAAGCAACCUCAGGCACAAACAAAGAGAGUACAGUGACGGACAGUCCUCUACACUGUUUGGCACCACAGUCUGAGAAUAUUCCCACGCCUGACUUUAAGAACGGAUCUGGAGUGACCGCUCAUAAACAGACAUCAGCAGAAAUUGUGAAUGUCAGGUCAGAGGAGAACCAUGAGUGCAAGAAUAAAGCAAACUGUAACCAGUCAAAUGGACCAGAGUUGGAAGAACCCAUGGAAACUAGUGGAGUUCAGACCUCACCAUGAAUGAUUCAUGAAUAUAUUAUCAACUUAAACUUAAAAGAUUAAAUAUUAAUUGACUUUUUUAUAGAAUUUAUUAAAGGUGCAUUAUGAAAUGUUUGCCUCUGUAGUGCCAUCUGUGGUUGAAACAAAAAUUGCAGAGUCCAAUCAAAAUGAAAUUCAUCCUUGUAGGCUUAUAGUAAAUCAUAGUGAACUGGGCAAGGCAUAUAAACAGUUUUGGGCACUAAUGUUUUUAUGUACUCCCAAUAUGUAAUUGAAAUUUUCCAUAUUGCACCUUUAAAAUAUAAUUUUUUUAUAUACAGUGCUUAACAAAUUUACUAGACCACCACCCAAUGUAGGGUUUGUGCCACAGCUGUCCUAAACUUAACAGCAUUGGUGAUUACCAAAAUCAUUUUUAUGUUUCUGUAAUAGUUAAUCCACUUGUAUUUGUAAGCUCUUUAGUCACAAUAGUAUUUCUAAUUCUAAAAUAUAAUUGUUUUUAUCCAUGAAUUUACUGUUUUAUAAAAAUAGCAGGAAAAUGGUAAGGCACUUUAUUAUUAUUAUUAUUUUAUUCACAUGCCUAAUUACAGUUAAUACUUGCAGUCCUUUUAAUGGUUGAAUGUUAUUGAAUGGCUUGAUUAGUUUCUGAAUGUGCCGGUUCGAAUUUGGGUGAAAACAAUUAAAUGCUGGAUGAUCUGAGACUAAUAGGCAGGUGGUCUAAUAAAUUUAAGCACUAUAUUAAUGGAAAUGCUAUUGUUUAAUUGGCAGGGCUAAAUAUUCAUUUCUCUUUGUCUUUUUUAAACAGGUUUAUUCUUGUUUGGUGUUGAGUUCAAACUUUCAGUUAUUCUGAAUUGUAGUUUUUCUAUUUCUGAUAUGGACCUUUUUCGUAGACUAAAGGAGCAAUGUAAUUUAACAUUCAAUAAUAAGAAUCAAAUAAAAAUAUUCUGUAGUGUA